AUGCUACCAUCAAAGCAGUCGUCAUCUGGCCAAACGUCUGUCCCGUUGAUUUUACCAAAGAUCACAGAUUGGCCAAAAGAAAAGAACUCUUCAGUAAAUUUAUUUCGAAUGAUUUUGGAUGAAGACCAUCGAGUAAGACAGGAGCAACCAGUUGUCGACCUGGAGGCAGAUGUUCUAAAGUUAAGCGAUGGGAUUGUCACAGUGAGCCCCGUGCCGAAGAAAAGAAAAGAAGAUCCUGCCACUGAUGACUGCAUCAUAUUGGACAACUAUGAGAACAAACCGUCCUCGAGCACUGCAGUUAAGAAUUACGACAUUGGAAAGCCGGUCAACAAGAAGGUGCGAGCCAUACGGCGCACCUCAAAACUCCCGUGGAACCCUCUAGAAGCUACUUUUCAUGUACCACAACAGGUGUUGAAGCCGUCUCCGUCUCUGAUAUCAUCGGAUAAGGUGAUCGAUUUAAACGAUGAAAAACGAGUGUCCUCAGCAAAAAUCACAACAAUUCGUGAUGUUCUGGAUGAGUUGUGUGUACCACCGAGUCCACCAGAAGAAGGGGAAAUCGUUGAGAGUUCAGAAAGUACAGAAACAGGAGAAAGCUGUGUUAUUGACUUGACACACGAAGAAGAGCUUCAACUGACAUUGCGCUCUCAAGUGGAAGGAGACGUCAUUGAUUUAACCGUUGAAAAUGAAGUCUCGGAUAAUGAAAGUGAAGUGGUAUGCAUGGAAGACUUGACGGUUGUUGAUGUAGAGGAAGUCAGCAUCAUUCAAGCCGAUGAUUCUACGAAGAAUCGAAGAAAAUCCAUCGAAAAAGUAUCGUUUAGAUCAACAGUAUGUAGUGGUAUACGGAGAAAGCCAUCAAACGAUGAUGCACUUUCGAGAGGUACGAAAGAGGUAACAGGAGUAACUCCUCGAUACUGGGAGAGACUUACGGGGGCUCCGAAACUUUCAAGUGGCAACGUGGAAUUUCGAGUGUGCAGCUACAAUGUACUGUGUCAGUUGACAACAUUGAAGACAAUGUACUUGUAUAGACAUUUGGGGGAAGACAACAACCCUCUGAGAUGGGAAAACCGCUGGCCAAUGUUGGAGCAAGAACUAUUGCGUUUGAACGCUGAUGUGUACGGUUUGCAAGAAGUUCAAUACGACCAUUUCGAUUCGCAUUAUCGGCCAGCAAUGUCAAAAGUAGGAUAUGCUGCUUACUACAAACAGCGUACUGGUGGUAUGAACGAUGGAUGUGCUGUUUUUGUUAGGAAAUCAAAAUUUGAUGUUCUCCGGUAUAGGAUUGUGGAGUACUUUGUGGCUGCAGGUACAACCAUGGAUAGAGAUCAAAUAGGGCAAGUGUUAAGGUUGCGAUGUAAGAAAACAGGUCAGGAGCUCAUCUACGCUAACACUCAUUUGCUAUUCAAUUCAGCACGUGGAGAUAUCAAAAUAGGACAGCUGGCGAUGCUUUUUGCGAACAUAUAUGAUGUAAUAAAAGAAGGUACUCCUUGUCCGGUGAUCAUUAACGGUGAUUUUAAUAUUGAGCCACUGUCUUAUGUCUACACUUAUAUUAGCGAAUCGAGUGUGUACUUACGAGGUCUUCCUCGAAACGAACUGUCUGGACAAGGUGAGCGAGGAGGUCCAUGUGUACAAGCGAACAAUAUUUUGCCAUUCGCUGCAAAUAUUGGGCGGGAUAGCAUGUUUGUUGAUGGGAACUGUCUGCGAACAGUUGCCGCUGAUUAUUUCACCCACCCUCUUUGCCUUGCUUCUGUUUAUCACCAUUUUCGGGAUGAUGGAAAGAAAGAAGUAUCUACUUACCAUAAGGAAGUUGCGAAUCCAGACUUCAUUUUCUAUUCUAUUGAGAAAAAGGAAAUGAUUGAUUCUAUGACAAAGGUAUACGAGCUUCCUGAGCUUCGACUAUUACGAAGAUUAGGUUUACCUGAUCAUGAAACGCUGAGAAAUACAUUAGGACCAUGGCCAAAUCAGUGCGUUCCCAGCGAUCAUAUUCCACUAGUGGCGGAUUUUGCUCAUCUGCAAUUAGUACUGUACGUCAUUCGUUAUAUUCUUAUCUCUGUCCCAUGCCAUCAAUGUCGAGGAGCCCGUCCUAAAGCUCAACUUGUUUGCAGCUCUUCUAAUCUGAAAUUUACCUCCGUCCUCCUACUGGAUCUACUACUGUAUUCAUUCUACGAGCGCAUGAACCUUUUGUUGCCAAUCGGAGCAAAAUGUCUUCAUGUAUGCUUGUUACUGAUAUACAUUGUGUAA